AUGACUCCCUCUUGGCUGAUCACAGCCCUGGGGACCAUUUGCCUCUUUCUCUCCGUUGAUGUUGCUUUUGCGGCACGAGGAAAAGCAGGAUUGAGAAAGCCUGCCAGUCCUGGUUAUCGCAGUCGAGAUUCGGCAUGUCCCAUAGCCUGCCGAAUCGCAGGGCCCAAUCCUUCCAACUGGUCUCUCUACCACAACUUUGACCAACUCCAGUCCUGCCAUCAGACCCUGUUUUAUGAUUUUUCUUUAUAUGAUCAAGUGGAUGAUCCAGAUACCCUCCAUCGCCUUUAUGCCUGUAGCUCUUCUGGCGCCGACUGGUCAAGCCUCCCACGCCCGAACGCAAAGAUUGCGUCUGCUGUCGAGCCUGUUAAUUCAACCUACUCCCUUGGCUGGUGGACUGAAGGCGCACUCGCCCCCUCGGAUAUCAGUGCUGUUUCGAAGCAGAUGCGGUAUUAUUUGCAAAGUCAACAUGUCGCUACCAGGAGUGCUAAGAGAAACACAUUCUUGUUUGCACGGUCUGGCUCAGCCGCAGUCGGUAUUUAUAUAGGCAAGGGUUUGCAGAGCGAGGGUGUUGCCACCUUUGCCCUGAAGACGCUGGCAAGCAAUGUUCGCACUCUGAAGAUCAGCUCAGGUAACGUGGCCAUGCAACUAUAUGAUGCUACCAGCAACAAUGCGUGUACAUUCGGGGUAUUUGCCUCUAGCAAUGGAUCCUUUUCCCCCGUGCAGGAUGCAAUGAAAACCUGGUCGCAAGGAGGUUGUCUCUCGUUCGAACAUGCAACGAACGUUACCGGUCCGGCCAUCCUUACCACCCCUUUGUUGAAGAUUUGGGCCAACACCACCCAGUCAAAGACUACGCGCACCAGCUCCACACUAGCUGUCAUUCCCACAUCGUCUUCCCACGGCAAGCUCGUAGAGGGAGGAGAUAGCUGCGCUGCUCUAGCUACAAAGUGUGGAAUCUCUGCGGCACAAUUUGACGAGUACAACUCGGAUCCUGACCUCUGUUCGUCACUCACGCCAGGGCUUCAUGUCUGCUGCUCAUCCGGAACACUCCCCGAUUUUACCCCAAAACCUAACCCGGAUGGAUCGUGUGCUUCAUACACCAUCCAAGAAGAUGACAACUGUGCGGAUCUUGCUGCUCAAUACAGUCUGACAAAGAAGGAUUUGGAGGACUUCAACAAGAUGACAUGGGGCUGGAAUGGCUGCUCGAAUGUCUGGGUCGGUACUGUCAUCUGCUUGAGUAGUGGAAGCCCGCCUAUGCCAAACCCCGUGGCGAAUGCGGUAUGCGGUCCCCAAGUGCCAGGUACUGUAACGCCAGAAGAUACUACGGAUAUCGCUGGGCUCAAUCCAUGCCCCUUAAAUGCCUGUUGCAAUGUCUGGGGUCAGUGUGGAAUAACAGACGAGUUCUGUAUCGACACCAGCACUGGAGCCCCAGGGUCUGCUGUAAAAGGCACCAAUGGUUGCAUUUCAAACUGUGGCACACAGCUUGUCCGCGGUGAUGCCCCUGAGGUCUUCCUAAGUAUUGCCUAUUUCGAGGGUUAUAGCUUGGCUAGUCGCGACUGCCUAUAUCAGGAUGCCAUCCAAAUUGACGGGUCCAAGUACACACAUCUGCACUUUGCCUUUGGUCAACUAACUGAAGAUUACGAGGUUAAGUUUGAGGACGUCCUGACUGAAUAUGAGUUUCACAAUUUUAUGAAAGUCCCCGGACCAAAAAAGAUCCUGUCUUUCGGCGGCUGGGAUUUCUCGACUCUGCCCAGUACAUACAAUAUUUUUCGCCAGGGAGUCAAACCUGCCAACCGUCUGAGAAUGGCCACGAACAUUGCUAACUUCAUCAAGGCUAAUAACCUUGAUGGAGUUGAUAUUGAUUGGGAGUACCCCGGAGCACCUGAUAUUCCGGGCAUCCCCCCUGACGAUCCAGACUCUGGUGAAAAUUAUCUGGCCUUCCUCGUCAUUCUUAAGAAUCUGCUGACCGGGAAAUCGGUCUCCAUUGCGGCCGCAUCGUCCUACAGUUACCUAAGAUAUUUUCCUAUCGAGAAGAUCAGCAAGGUUGUGGACUACAUUAUCUACAUGACCUAUGAUCUUCAUGGACAGUGGGAUGCAAUGAAUCCAAAUUCACAGAUCGGAUGUCCUUCGGGAAUGUGCCUCCGCAGUCAGGUCAACCUGACUGAGACCAUCAGUUCCUUGGUCAUGAUCACGAAAGCAGGUGUUCCCUCAAAUCAAGUUGUUGUUGGCGUAACCAGCUAUGGGCGAUCGUUUGCUAUGGCUGAUCCUACAUGCCAUGGCCCAGAGUGCUUCUACACCGGAGGCCCUUACAACUCGCAGGCCACCCCGGGAAGGUGCACGACCACGGGAGGUUACAUAUCGGAUGCUGAAAUUAAUGAGAUUUUGGAAGGGUCCUCAAGUAACGGGCUUCUGAAACGCGGCAGUCGAGUCAAUCAGCACUAUGUUGAUCAGGCUAGCAACAGCGAUAUUCUUAUCUACGACAAUAACCAAUGGGUCGCAUACAUGAGUCCUGAAACCAAGGCAUCGCGCAAAUCGCUCUAUAAGGGAUUUAACAUGGGCGGUACAACCGACUGGGCCACUGACCUCCAGCAAUAUAACGAUCCCCCAACGCGCGGCGGCGUACUUGUGGAGAACUGGGCAGCCUGGAAGACAAGCAUAAACAAUAAGCAGGACCCCUACCAGGUUGGAAACAGGACCGGAAACUGGACUGAGCUCCAUUGUAGUGAUCGAGCUGUCGCCGAUAAGCGUUGGCUGUCACCGUCAGAACGAUGGAACCGAAUCGAUGCUCCUCAUGCGUGGGCUGAUGCGAUUGAGGUGUGGAAAACGAUCGACAAAGGCACUCAAAUGGGUUUCACAGGGUCCAUCUCGGACACCCUUACGGGGCCUGACAAUGCUGACUGUGGCACUUUACUGGCGACAGAUAACUGUCAUUCGACAGAGCAGUGUAAGGAGUUCGACAGCGAUGGUGCAGGCCCAGCAGGCUAUAUGAUUUGGAACUCAAUGGUUUCUAUUCAUGAGCUAUACCAAAGUUAUCACGAAGCCCUAAUCGCCGAGAGCGCCAAGGUAAUCACCAACUCUCUAGACGAUUUUGAGAAUAAGUUCGCGCCGAUACCUAAACCGGAGGAUAAUACAUGGCUGUUGGUCCUGAUCGAUAUGAUCACCCUGGGCACCGCUUCAGCAGCCGCUCCAUUUUUUAACUCAUUACUGUCCAAGUUGCCCUAUUUCAUAACGGAGGGUUCUACACUGGACAACGUCAAAGAUACUACCAUGACCAUUAUCUCGCAAAGUACAACCAUCGCCAAGGACCUGCUCCAGGAGCCAAAACCUGGGGACUGGACUCCAGAGAAGCAGGACACGUUCACCAACUACAUGGGCCAAGUCAUCGCGGGCUGGGACGCCGUUAUAGAAAAGUCACUAGGCAAAUUAUUCGACGGCACUGAUCCGGCAAUCGAAAUGCUGACGGAGCUCAUCUCUGACGGCAAGUUCAUCGAAGGUUCCUCGGUCAGCAUGACCCUACCCCCACGAGACCCGCGCGGGCUACCAUUUGAAACUACAACUGCCCUGCAGAAAAGCAUCGGCAAAUCGUUCUUUGCUUUCGCCAUACCUUCCAUCUGGACUGCAUCUGGCAAGUACCCAUUCGUUGUCGAUGCGGGCUACUCGUGUGACCAUGCGGAUGACAUGGGUGACUAUUUGGAGAAGGAGACGAUGCAACUGGCAAAGGCCUGCUACCGUAAUAAGCGCUACUAUCUUGCCGCGCCUGAGGGGCGACCCUGGGAUUGCUUUGAGGGCGGCUGCCUUGAUAACCCAUUCUCUGCACUGCCCGGUGUGGACUCAAUGGGUCAAGAGUCGUUUGGUAAUGUCACCGUGGAGGAGAUCAUUAUAGGAUCAGUGCGUACAUACCUGCACAACGGCGAGACAAACGGCGGCGACCCCGCCGACCCCGCGAACCAGGGAACCCUGGAGGACCUGUACAACGACGAUAUCACCACACCAGGGUUGAUCCGCCUGCCAGUCUGUAGCGCGGAAACCGCCUUCCGUGCAUGGGACCAUGGUGACACUGGGGAUACCGACGCCCCGAACUACCCUUGUGUGCUUUAUCCAGCCCCUGACUAUUGCGGCACCUCCACGUUCGUCGACCAGACCAGUGAUGCGUCCCCGACAGUGGCGGACUGCAUGCAGAUUGUGAAGAAUAUUGCGAACACAGACGGCCAGUACGAGGUCGAAAACGCAAUUGGGGCCCAGCACCAGAUAGCUGAACAUGGGACAUGCGCUUUUGGCGUUCAGGGCAAGGGCAAGAAUGGCAAUAUUGACUACCAUGUCGGUGCGCAGGAUAGUGUCGAUGUCAUCCUCGAAUCAGUGAGACAAUUUGGUGGGUCGGGGAAGGUUGGCUCCAAGGGCGAGAUGUCCUGCAAAGGAACUGUCAAAGGCCAGAAGGUUGAGUGGGGAUUGUAUCAUAACUAG